AUCAGAUGACUCGGGCUUCUGUAGCUCAGCACCACGUGACCAGUAAACAAGGAAGUGUCUCAGAAAUAAGGUUCUACUCAGCCUGUCUCUCGUUUUCAAUCAGAUAGACCUCAGUAGCAACACUUCACUAACGUUAUAAGACAGGGAGCUGAGGGAAGGGACGGACAGCUUCGGUAGUUUAUGACUGAAGUAUGAAAAUGGGCUCAAAUCGCUCCUUUCUGCCGAAGUUAUGGAGUUGUCUCCUAAUCUGCGUCACUUUGUGGAGCAACCUGAGUAGCGGUGUGUUGGCCAAAUUAUAUCGGAGACCCAACAUAGUUUUAAUCCUCACCGACGACUUGGACAUCGCUAUUGGAGGCCUGAAUCCAAUGAACAAGACGAAAAAACUAAUUGGAGAUGCAGGGAUAUCAUUCACAAAUGCAUUUGUUGCCAGCCCUCUGUGCUGCCCUAGUCGAGCUAGCAUCCUGACAGGGAGGUACCCCCACAACCACCACGUCAUCAACAACACCUUAGAGGGAAACUGCAGCAGCAAAGCCUGGCAGAAGAGCGAUGAAGCCCACACCUUCCCCACUUUGCUUCAGAGCAUCGCUGGCUACCAGACCUUCUUUGCUGGGAAAUACCUCAACCAGUAUGGGCACUCAGAGGCCGGUGGAUUGGAGCAUGUACCUCCAGGCUGGAACCACUGGGUCGGACUGGAGAAAAACUCUAAGUACUACAACUACACUCUGUCAGUGAAUGGAAAGGCUCAGAAACAUGGAGCUGACUACAGUAAAGACUACCUGACAGACCUACUGGCCAACAUGUCUUUAGAUUUCCUCCAGUACAAAUCCAGCCACCAGCCGUACUUUAUGAUGGUGUCCACCCCGGCCCCACACUCCCCCUGGACCGCAGCCCCUCAGUACCAGCACAGUUUCAACAGCACCAAGGCUCCCAGAGACCCCAGCUUCAAUGCCCACGGGAAGGACAAACACUGGUUGAUCAGACAGGCUAAGACCCCCAUGUCCAACUCCUCUGUUCAGUUUCUGGAUGAUGCCUUCAGAAAUCGAUGGCGCACUCUCCUAUCAGUGGAUGACCUGGUGGAAAAAAUAGUCAAGAGGUUGGAAGACGGGGGUGAACUGGACAACACGUACAUCUUCUUUACCUCUGACAAUGGUUAUCACACAGGCCAGUUCUCUCUUCCUCUGGAUAAGAGGCAGCUCUAUGAGUUUGACAUCAGGGUUCCUCUCAUGGUCAGAGGACCAAAUAUCAAACCCAACCAGACCAGCCAGAUGCUGGUGGUGAAUGUCGACCUCGGCCCGACCAUCCUGGACAUCGCUGGCUACAACGUCAACAAGACGCAGAUGGAUGGCAUGUCCUUCCUGCCCAUUUUGGAGGGGAAGAUGAACAGCAGCAGCUGGAGAACAGAUAUUCUGGUGGAAUAUCAAGGAGAAGGAAGCAAUGUGUCCGACCCCGCCUGCCCUCAGCUGGGGCCCGGAGUCUCGCAGUGUUUCCCAGACUGUGUUUGUGAGGACUCGUACAACAACACCUACGCCUGUGUGCGUACCGUCGCCCCCUCUUCCAACCUGCAGUACUGCGAGUUUGAUGACGAUGAGGUGUUUGUAGAAAUCUACAAUGUGACAGCAGACCCGUACCAGCUGGAAAACAAGGCAAAGACCAUUGACCAUGAGGUUCUGGAGAAGAUGAACCACCGGCUGAUGAUGCUGCAGGCCUGCACCGGACAGUCGUGUCGGACACCCGGCGUUUACGAUCCGAGGUACAAGUUUGACCCCCGACAGAUGUUCCCCAGCCAUAGUUGGCGGCUCAGCAGGCUCAGACAGACCAUGAAGUGAGAGCAGGUGAAGGUGGAUGGAGGUUACAGGUGAAGGAAGAAGGGCUGUAUUUUGUCUGUUCAGCCUUUUCUGCUGUUGUCGCCUUGAGCCAGUCUCUUGGAGAUGGGUGGGGUCAUGUUGGAAAUAGGAGGGUGUAGGACCCACCUGUAAAGGCUGCAGUUUAGUGAGUUUGUCAGUAGAUGUUCAGUUGAAUUCUUCAGGACGAAUUUGCACAAAUAAGCUGCAAAUGUCUUAAUUCUCAAAAAUUUAUGUUUCUCUUUCUGCUGAGAACAUAAGUAACACUUUUCUUUUAUGGGUCCCGUAUCCUCCAAAUCAUUUUCUGCAAACUUUCCUCAUAAUUUCCUAAAAUAUAUGAUUUCUUACUGUGGAUAUUUCCAGGAAACGCCUGUGCAGUCUGGUCCAAACCAAGGGAAAUUAAAAAAGUGUUAUUGGGUACCAGCUUGUAAUAAAAGAAAACUUGGGAAGUAUGAUGAUGUCAACUGUCACUUUAUUUUACAGGUCUGAUCUGUGGAAACUAGCUAGAGAUGCGUUUCUAAGCCUAACUGCUGAGUUUGUCAAAGUUCGUAGCGUGUGUUUAUUUGUCCGGGAAGAAUCUAAGAGUGACAGACUUUAACAUCUGUCAGGUUACACAAAGACUAGCCAACAUUUGCAGUUUAGAUUCUUCCCCACUGAGUUGCCAUGUGUUAUAGAUUCAUUUAGUCACCAGUUAAUUAUCAUUUUACCAUUUAUACUGAAUGGUGGGUGAGCUGCAUGCUUACCUGUAGUUUCCAGCUGGAAUCUCCUUAGUUUUGCAUGUCAAACUGCUGAUCAGAAAAUAAAAAACACAUGGUAUGAACUUGAAACUCAGCUGUUAGGCUUACAAACAGGUUUCUAGCUAAUUGCCAUGCCUGUAAAUGAAAGUGUCACCUUGUAGCAUAUUUUCUGUCUAAUCAGGAAACUUUGAAGAAACAUGGAUAUUGAUAUCUUUAUCAUUUCCAGUUAAUAUUUAGGAAAUAAUGAGGAAAGUUUGCAGGAAAAUACAGAAACUAUUGAAUAAAGCAGUGCAAUAUCAGUGAUCCAAACAGUGACCAGUAAACAGGAGAUUUUUCAUUUACUAGUCUAAAGACGGGGCACCUGGUUGACUUUUUUUUGUGUUCAUAUUGUCUGACAAAUGGAAACGACUUUGGGAUUAGGUGCCAAUGCAUUUUGAAAGUCUUCUCAUUGUCAGUGGGGUUGAGCUCAGCCAAUCGAAUGCAGCAAAAAUCUCCUUUGUUAGACAGUAAAGGUCACAUCAGCACCAGUUUGCGCCCUUCAUGCAUUAGCAUGCACCUCCCCUAUGACAGACAUCUAACAUGAGCGUAACUCCAGUCUGUGCCUCGUACGUCAGCAUGUGGUCCCAGAGGUCACCAUCAGUUUCUCUAGAAGAUAAUUAACCCGCAGAAGAUCGUCCAGAUGCUUAGAGGAGUCUCUGGGGUUGUAGAGGUGCCUUCACAGCAGUGUUUAACAGCUCUGCUUUCAAGCAUCAUGAGUCAGUUAUCUUUUAGAACAUUUGUGACCAAAUGUGUGCUGAUAUAUGAGGCACAAUCGGGCGCUACAGUCCUGUCACAUUUCUGCAGCCAACAGGGUGUGAUUUCACAAAAUAACUCAAUAUUGAUCAGAGUGAGGACAAACUGCACGAGUGUUGCAGCACUUUGUAAUCUGCUAGUGUGAAGAUGUCCUGUGCACCAGUGUUAAAUAACAGUGAAUUCUGACCCGAGUCUGUCGGGGUUGGCUGGAGGUCGCACUGGAAAACCCACGCUCAGACUUGUCUCCUGUGCAGGCGGGAACAGACAGUCACAGGAAGUGUAGCGUGACUGAACCUGACGUAAACACAAGGGGAACUGGGUGUUGGAGAGCACCACUUACAGAAAAUGUCUGAGAAACAAGAUGGGACCAAACAUUUCACAGUAGCUACACUCAGAAUUAACUCUGAGCGGCCAGAGUGUGGCACCGUGGUGGCUUUAGAGGACACGAGCUUUCUGAAAGGCUCCGCUCAGAACAACAGAAGGGCAGAAGUAUCAGAUGGGCUCCAAGUUAAAUUAAUAACCCAAAUAUUUCACCAAGCCUAAUUUGAAACACUUUGUUGGUUCAGUACAGAGAUGAAGGUGGAAGUAGCUGUUUUUGAAAGAUCUGUUUUGCCAGAAAUGCCCUUUUCCAAGCACAAGUUUGUUUCUAACAAUAAUUCAUGUUCAUGUUUUAUCUUCUGAGUGAAUGUUAAAGCUUUUGAAGGUCAACUAAAAUAUAAUGAUGGAAAAAAACUAACCCAUACUGGACCCAUACUAACCCUGGCUCUGUCCAAACAUGAUAACCACCCAGAAGGGAUGAUUAGUGAGGAACUGUUAUAACAUUUAUUUGGCUUUAGGCUGAGCCAGGCUGGCUGUUCGCCGUUUACUCUAUGCUAAGCUACUGUAACUGUACCCUGUGGCUGUAGCUUUAUAAUUAACGGACACACGAGAGGUAGUGUCUCCUAACUGUUGGCAGGAAAUCAAAUAUGUCCCAAAAUAUCUAAAUGUUCUUGUGAAGUUACCUUGAGCUGAUAUUUUGCGCUGUUUUGUAAAAUAUGAUCAAAUCUGUGCAAAUUAACAUCCAAACCAAAGAUCGGAUUUGGAGACUUUUGAGGGAAAGGUGAUGCUCACAGCCUCUCGCGGUGGAGUUACGUCCGCCCAACAUUUGUUGUAAAAGACUUUUUUUUGUGUGUGAAUUGUGAACAGUUUUUCUUACUGACAAAUAAGCAGACAGAGCUGUCACAGCUGGACUGGGUUUAAUGUGAGAACACUGACUAUAUAAAUAUAAAUGAGUAUUUUUCUCCUUAAACUUCCAAUUCACUGAUGCACUUUCAAAUCUGUCAGAACUGUUGUGUUGCUUUAUCAGAGUAGUUUUUGAAGAUGAUGAACUUUUUUCUUGUUUUUGUCCAAAUAAAGGAAUUGUCUGGAAA